AUGGCAGACCCCAUCGUCAGGACCGCAUCUCCUUACACUGAUCCCUCUGUCCAAGGCCCAAGGUUCAAGAUUCAAGAAUCCAGAGCUGAUUUGCGCAAGAUGAUCUCCAGCAACGUCAACAAGACUGCUUUGCACCCUGGCGGUGUACAGCCUCACCACAACCACACCGAGCUUGAGGAGGAGCUCCACGAGACUGCCCACAUUGACUACGACCGUGUCGCCAUUAUCCCCAACCCCUCAGUAGCCGCUCUCUACGAAGAUGCUCUCGUCUACGAGACGGGUUCCGCCAUCACCUCGAGCGGUGCCCUGACUGCCUACUCCGGAAAGAAGACUGGUCGCUCACCUCUCGACAAGCGAAUUGUCCAGGAGCCUUCAUCAGAAAACGACAUCUGGUGGGGUCCCGUCAACAAGCCCAUGAGCACCGAGGGUCUGGACUGGGCUGAGUCGCGCGACUCGUCCCGACUCGAUCCGAUUACCACUGUCGAGAACCGAGCCGAGAAGCCAUUUGUGCCCCUGCAGGUUCUCCGGGUCUGGAAGAUCAACCGUGAGCGUGCUGUCGACUACCUCAACACCCGCAACCGCAUCUAUGUCAUCGACGGUUAUGCCGGCUGGGACGAGAAGUAUCGCAUCCGCGUUCGUGUCAUCUGCGCCCGUGCCUACCAUGCUCUCUUCAUGAGAAACAUGCUCAUCCGCCCUCCUCGCGAGGAGCUGGAGCACUUCCACCCCGACUACACCAUCUACAACGCCGGCUCGUUCCCUGCGAACCGUUACACCGAGGGCAUGACCUCUCCUACCUCAGUCGCCAUCAACUUCGCCGAGAAGGAGAUGGUCAUCCUGGGUACCGAGUACGCCGGUGAGAUGAAGAAGGGCGUCUUCACUGUUCUCUUCUACGAGAUGCCUAUCAAGCACAACGUCUUGACCCUGCACUCCUCCGCCAACGAGGGCAAGAAUGGCGAUGUCACCCUCUUCUUCGGUCUGUCCGGAACCGGCAAGACCACCCUGUCCGCCGACCCCAACCGCGCCCUGAUCGGUGACGACGAGCACUGCUGGAGUGACCGUGGCGUCUUCAAUAUCGAGGGUGGUUGCUAUGCCAAGUGCAUUGGCCUGUCCGCCGAGAAGGAGCCUGAUAUCUACGGCGCCAUCCGCUACGGAUCCGUCCUCGAGAAUGUCGUCUUCGACCCCGAGACCCGCGAAGUCGACUACGACGACGCUACCCUGACUGAGAACACCCGAUGCGCCUACCCCAUCGAGUACAUCAGCAACGCCAAGAUUCCCUGCCUGUCAGAAAACAUGCCCUCCAACAUCAUCCUCCUGACGUGCGAUGCCCGUGGUGUCCUGCCCCCCAUCUCCAAGCUGGACCGUGCUCAGACCAUGUUCCACUUCAUCUCGGGAUACACCUCCAAGAUGGCCGGUACCGAGGACGGUGUCACCGAGCCCCAGGCCACCUUCUCCAGCUGCUUCGCCCAGCCCUUCCUUGCCCUGCACCCCAUGCGAUACGCCAAGAUGCUUGCCGACAAGAUCGAGCAGCACAAGGCCAACGCCUGGCUCCUCAACACCGGCUGGGUCGGUGCCGGCCACAACCAGGGCGGCAAGCGUUGCCCCCUCAAGUACACCCGUGCCAUCCUCGACGCCAUCCACUCGGGCGAGCUGGCCAAGGUCGAGUACGAGAACUACGGCGUCUUCAACCUCCAGGUCCCCAAGUCUUGCCCCAACGUCCCCGCCGACCUGCUCAACCCCGAGAAGGCCUGGACGGCUGGUGCCGACAGCUUCCAGAACGAAGUUGUCAAGCUGGGCAAGCUCUUCCGCGAGAACUUCACCAAGUAUGAGAGCGAAGCUACCGAGGACGUUGUCAAGGCUGGUCCUGCUGUGUAA